GUGAAAGUGGAUCUCUACUACACUUCUCUGACAGGUGUAUUAAAAGACACGAAACAAGGAAAGUUGGGUGCACAAUCCCCACACAGUGAUGAAUCUUGUAGGUAGAGUGAGACAUUCAAAUACCCAGGUUCUGUAAUUCUUUUCAUAAGCCACAGAUCACUUACUACAAAGUUUGCAAUGCGCUGAAUCAUCUCCUACGUACACUGGUUUGAUUGGUGUUGUUUUUUUUUUUUUUUUAAUUUUUUUUUUAUCUUUCCCUAUUAGCCAUGCCGCUCAUUGAACAAAGCUCACCACAUCUACAUGUUGCAGCCUUUGCAUUCCCAUUUGGUAGCCAUCCCAGGCCACUCCUCAGUCUUGUCCUCAAACUGGCAACUGCAGCCCCUCAAGUGCACUUCUCAUUCUUUAACACUGAAAAAUCCAAUGAGACUCUGUUUUCAUCUUCCAAAUCCUCCCAACUCCCACAUAACUUCAGAGCCUACAGUGUCGAUGAUGGCGUUCCUGCGGGUCAUGUACUGUCAGGACACCCCCUGGAGGCGGUGGAGUUCUUCUUGAAGGCCGGGGCGGAGAGUUUCAAAAAGGGCAUUGACAUUGCAUUGGCAGAGACUGGUACUAACAUCACUUGCUUUCUGAUGGAUGGGUUUGUUGUGUUUGCAGGGGAGAUUGCAGGGGAUUUGGGGAUUCCUUGGAUUCCUGUUUGGUGCCCUCUAUCUUGCUCUCUCUCUGCUCACUUUUACACAGACUUAAUUCGUAAACUGUAUGCCAACAAUGGUGUUGUGAAUGAAUCCCAAAAUCUCGAUCAAAUUCCAGGAUUAUCUUUUAUGAAAAUAGGGGAUUUACCAGGAGAAUUAAUUUCUCCUGAUCUUGAUAAAUCUAUUUUUGCUAAAACACUCAGUGAAUUGGGUCAGGUGCUUCCAAGAGCUACUGCAAUCGUCAUCAAUUUCUUUGAAGAAUUAAACCCGGCAGCUCUCAACGACGAUCACAAAUCAAAAUUCAGGAAAGUUUUUAAUGUGGGUUUCCUCACUAUUUCACUGCCAUUGUCGCCACAGCCGCCGCCGGAGUCCGAUUCAACGGGAUGCUUAUCAUGGUUAAACGGGCAAAAACCCAAAUCAGUAGCGUAUGUUAGCUUCGGGACUGUGGUGGCAACGCCACAAACCGAGCUGGUAGCAAUGGCGGAGGCGCUAGAAGAAAGUGGGGUUCCAUUUCUCUGGUCUCUUAGGGACAAUUUGAAAGAGGCUUUACCUACUGGGUUUGUGGGGAGAACAAGCAAUAUGGGAAAAAUAGUGCCAUGGACGCCCCAAACACAGGUUCUGGCACAUGAAUCAGUAGGUGUGUUUGUGACACAUGGUGGUUGCAACUCUGUUUUUGAAAGCAUUGCCUGUGGUGUGCCAAUGAUUUGCAGGCCAUUUUUUGGAGAUCAUCAAAUGACUGGAAGAAUGGUUGAGGAUUUUUGGGGGAUUGGUGUCACUGUUGAAGGUGGAGUCAUUACAAAAAAGGGGUUGAUCAAGAAUUUGGAAUUGGUUCUUAACGAUGAACAAGGAAAGAAAAUGAGAGAGACAGUUGAGGUACUGAAACAGAUAGUCACUGAUGCUGGGGGACCUAAUGGAAGUGCUGCUAGGGAUUUUCAGAAUCUGUUAGAAUUAGUUUCUACUUGAGAGCUUACAUAUAUACCUCUGUCUUGAUUAAUUUAGUUUUUUUGAGUUUAGUUUUUGAAGAUUAUCUUCGAGUUCUUGAGACUUCCUUUGGGUAGAGGGUCCUUUAGUUCUUCUGCUUGUGUUGAAGUCGAGCUCUGUUGUUGGUUUCAAUUGAAAGUUGAGUUUUAGUGUCAUUGGAUCUUUAGUCUGGGGGGAAUGUUGGGUCAUCCUUUUCAGGAUAUGGAGUUGUAUGUUUUCCCAAAUAUAUUAAUGUACUGUUGUCCCUUGGAUGAUGAAAAGUUAUUAGAUUUGUCUUGUUUUCA